CUCAAACCCCUCCUCUUUCCCAGAUUUAUGGAUAAUUGCAAUGCAACGGCGUUAAACGCUUUGUAUUUCUAGCCAGCAGACGGCUCCUUACGCUCUGGAACGUCAUGAUGCAUUGCACUACCCCCGUGUCUUUGUCUUACGUGGUCCUCGCUCGCACGGCGACACAGUGACGGCUAGGCCAGCGUUUCCAGCAGACCCACGAGUCGUGUUGAGAGCGGGCUGCGUCGUCUCGAACGCGAAGGGGGACAAUAAAAUAUAGUGAAAGACGGAGAAAAGUCGCUAGAGAGACACAGCAGAUCUUGUUCUCGAAUACAACGAAGGCUGAGGCGCACUGGAAACAGUACCUUUGUGGGGCCUGUGUGCACUCAGGACAGGUGGGACCUGUUAUUUUCGCAAGCCUGGUUGGGUAGCUUGUGCGAUGAAUCAACAGUUGAAAGCACGGGCAGGUGACGAAUGACAGUGCCUCGUCGUACGGCAGUGUGUGGUGCAGAGGCGAGAUCGCGAGGAUGAGGUGACAAGUGGUGAGGGUGUGCAGACUCUGAAAAGAUGAACCCGAGGUGUCUUGUGUUUUGUUCCCUGACAGGUCGAUAGUAAGUUAUCCAUCCUCUGCGUGUGACACCGCAUUCCGUCACAUGAUUAAUCAUUUGCGUAGUAUGAAACUGUCGAAACUACCCGCGGGCGGAAAACUAUCCGUGCUACAGUUGUUGGCGAGAGGAAGUAGAAACCUACAGUCUCGAGGUCGCUUGCUCAAAACAAAGUGCCACUUCAGAGCCAAGAAGUGACCACCUGCACCUAACGAGAGACGCUACACGUUGUGCUGUGUCCUACGACAGCGAGGAACGUAACCGAGUGGAAACAGCUGGGGUGCGAGCGCUGAGCUGAGGGCCCAGGCUCGUGAUGUGUUGACAGCCCUGGAUCACGAACACGGACCGGACACCGAGCGGACGACUGACUUGAGCGUUCUCGGCUUGCCCACUCCGCCACUUACACAGCCCCCGCACCCUCUGCUGGCCUUUACAGAGUGGUGCUGUGAGCUGAAAGUAAACUUGCAUUCCUGUCCGAGGCUGACCUACUUUACGUAGGCAUCUCUCCACUGGAGAGGGACAAUUUUUUACUUCAGCUCAUUAUUGACUGCGACACCGGAUGGUAGGGGAUGAACAACACGGAGGAUAUUGGCUAGGACAAGAUGCUGUUAACAGCGCCCAUUUACGCAUCACACGUGGUGCAGAACCAGAUGACGCCUACAUAUGCAUACCCCCAAGCAAGCCUGGAAGAGUACCACCACCAGGUGGUCAGCCCUGUGUCGGCAGGUUCCGGCAUUGGGGUUGUAGUGUCCAGUGUUUCUUCAGAACCAAGUGCACCAGCAAUAUACACCACGCCUGCUGCUGUCACCGUUACUGCUAAUGGUGCUGUGGAGCAGCAGACGGUAAGGACACGGCCUUUCAAUGUAUAUUUGGAACAGCAGACAGAUUUGACAACAGAUGGUGAUGUUCAGACAACACAAUCACAGCCUGCUGCUGCCAUAUCACCAGGUUCAGGUCCUAAGCGAUUACAUGUUUCCAACAUACCCUUCCGCUUCCGUGAAGCAGAUUUAAGGCAACUUCUUGGGCAAUUUGGGGGAAUCCUUGAUGUUGAGAUUAUCUUUAAUGAACGAGGAUCAAAGGGAUUCGGUUUCGUAACUUUCGCAAAUAGUGCGGAUGCUGACCGAGCACGAGAGAAAUUGAACGGCACGGUGGUUGAGGGACGAAAGAUUGAGGUUAACAAUGCCACUGCCCGUGUUAUGACCAAAAAAGUUGCUGCACCCACUAUCCCAAAUGCAGCAGCACUAAGAGGUGUAGCUUUGACACGAGGGCGGGCUGCAGCAGCAGUUGCAGCACGAGGAGCAUACACGGCAGCAGCAGCUGCUGCCGCUGCUGCUGCUUUAAGGCACCCAACACCCCUAGCAGCUGCUCCAACAGCCAUACCCUACGCACCGAGUGUUUAUCAAGAGCCUUUUUUGGCUACGUAUACAACAGAUGGUGCACCACGAUAUCAGCUGGUGACAACACAGCCAUAUGCUACUGCAGCUGGCUUCCCAGCAGCUGCCGCAGCUGCACGGUAUGCAAUACCUGCUGCAAUGGCUUCAGCAGCCACCUAUGCACCAGGAUAUGCUGGACGAGAAUAUGCUGCUGAACCUUACAUUGGGCACAGUAUUGGGCCAGUCACAGGCUAUGGGGCAACAGUAUAUAGAGGUGGAUACCAAAGGUUUGCACCAUACUGAGUGAAGGAUAAUCAACAGUGAGAAAGGAGCAUUUCCGAAACUACUGUUCUUCCAGGGAGAUGGCAGAAACUAUGUGGCUCUUCUGUACGAUCAUUUUCAUCCAUUUGUUGGGUGGUGUAUGAUCAUAUUGGAAGGUAGAGGGUACGAUAGUAACAUUGGGGAGCCGCAUUGUUUUGUUGAUAAUUAGUGGUCUGGAGCAAUUCUGUUAGGCUUGUUUCCAACCACAGCUGUGCAAUCAAUACCUUGAAAACUAGCAUGGUGCUUUUGGGAAAAGCUGCUUAAAUAUACACAUUUUCCCCCAGUCAGAAGUCUCUAAAAACCUUUGUAGAUCUUUGUCCAGCUAAUCCCUUCUCCUUCUUUACCCCAUCUCUCCCAAAUGCUAUUUAAAUCUUUACAAAUUUUCCUUUUUCUUUUCUCACAUAAAACUAAGCUAUGCUUUCUUGCCAUCUGUCUUCUGUGUCCUGAGCUCAGUACCACAGAGUAGUUGUGUAAGCAGCACAGAGAUUGAUCUGUUGAGAAAUACUCAUUCAGCAAGCUUUAUUUUGAACAAAUAUAUCUAGUCACGUGUAUGUACAUGUAACCUUUUACCUCCAGUUGUUUUAUUUGUAAUUCCUUGCCCUCUGCAGCAACAAUUCAGAAAUUUCUUGUUUUCACACUUUGCUCUCUGUAAUUCUGACUUAACAUUAUUGUUCUCUUUUUUGGUGAAGCCUUAUCUCUUGGUUUGCUGAAAGAAACUUAAAAAGAAACAUGCUUUUCUCUUAAAAGGUUUUCUGCUAGGUUUUUUGCUGCAGAGAUAAUAGGAUGGAUCUAUUAUAUGCGCCUAAUACCCUUUCUGUAGUUGUCAAACCUAACAAAAGAGACUAUGGGUUUUGGUCGGCACUGUGUGAGACACAGUACUAUGUGUAUGCCAUUACAGGUGUUUUUACAUGCAGGAAUAGUGUUACACACUGAUGUUAAGGAGUUCAUUUAUUUAUUGAUUUAACAUCCCCACUAAAAAGUGAGUACAAAUGAUCAGACAGUGUUUUGUAGAUUGCUUUAAGGGGAAUAUUUGAAAGUACUAUGUCUCUUGCUAUAUCAAGCGUAAAUAUUUAGGGGAUCUGGGAUAUGGAAUGCAGAUCUAAGCCCAUCUUAUCCAUGUUUGAGAAAUCCUAUGAAGCUGUUUCUUAAAUGAUCAGGAUUUGUCAAACGUGAAACCUCAGACAAUCCUUGUUCCAAGGAUUUUUCUUGCAAUUUUAUCAAGUUCUUCCCUUUUAAACUGUUUUGUGCCAGUGAAGUAUUGAAUCAUCUGUAAAUAUAUGCACAUACAAACUUUUUUUUUUGUCUUGGUUUCGUUACCCAAAAGUCGAAAAUACUUACAUUUUUUGAGUCUUAGGUUUUGCGUAAGACUGUACACAUGAAAAGGAACUGUUGUGAAGGAUUGAAGAUGAGGUGGCCUUUUUUUUUUUUAAACUGUUUUCACCAGUGCUGCUUCUCAGCAUCGGCUUUAACUGCUGCUGAAGUACAGGAUUCUCCACAUUUACGAUGUAUGUAAUGUGAUGUAAAAUGAACUUUUGCACACUGGAAUCAAAUGAGAACUUCCUGUGACUUACCCUUCCCUCUGACUUUGUAUGGAGGACUUUUUCUCAAGUUCGGCCCAGCUGUUCUAUCACUAGUAUUACCAAAUCAGGUGGUAUUCACAUGUCAUAAGGGAGAUGUUUUCUGACGAUAGAUCUGAGCGACAGUUCUUUAGAUCAGAAGUAAUAGCUGAUUGGUCGGUUGAAUGUUCAUUAGUGUGUAUGUGUGCGCACGUGCUUGUGUGUGUGUGUGCGGGCGUGCGCUUGUGUUAGUUACAUGAUUUUGAAAGUAUUCGCCAUCUGGGGGUUCAAAAUCUGUGCUGCAUUCAUCUGUGUACACUGUUAUAGUUUUUUAACUGGUGCUAAAUGUAUUUGUUUUAUAUUUUACAAACACUGAAAUUCUUCCCGUUAAGCUGAAUAGUUACACAUUACUGACAUGACUGAUGGAAUGCAUGUGACAUAGUGUCCAUUUAAACAUGGAACAGCAAAUAACUUGCCAAAAGCAGAUUUUAGUCUUGCCUGUAUCUCUUGAGUCAUUUUUUUAAUAUAUAAAGAUCGUACUGGCUACAUCUGGCAGGUUUCUACACUUCCCAGAGCCAUUUUCUGUGUGAGGGAAUUAAUUCCUGACUAAAAUCAGAAUGAUUCUCCAUUUAUAAAUACUCCGAAUAAGCGUUUGGUAUAGGCUGGUUCAUUGAAACUGUUCUGGUUAAAGUAUUGUUUGAAAUCUCAAGUUUUUAAUAAUUUUUGAAUUUCUAUUUGCAAUUCUGUUACCUGAUAUUUAUUUAUACCUUUUUGACAACAAUUUCAUAAAGUUAAUAUCUUGCAAGAAUCAAAAAAUUUUAAUUUAUUCAUUAAAAUGAUAAAAAUGUUAUUUGUAUAAUUUAGUCUUUCUGGUCUUGUGUUAGUAUGGACUGUGGACUGUCGUCCAUAUAAAAAAAAAUGAAUCUGUUGGUGUUGCUGAAGUCCACCAGCAAGUAAUAGGAAACAGCCUUAUUAUUAAGCUUCUAUCAUCAGUUCUUGACUUUCCUGUUCUGUAAAGAUUUUUUUUAAGAUCUCUUUCAAGUUGCAUCCAUGCACUUGCAAAACUGUUGUCAUCUCACUCUUCUUAGUAGCUCAUACAAAGUGAGCCAUUCACUGCCAUUUUAGUCAUAUAGUGUGUCAUCUAGUCUUAAAUUUAGUCAGUUCCUGCUAUAGUCAAAUAACUGAUGACCCCAUUCUUUUCUAAUUUUGUUUAGAAAACUCUGAGUUUUGAAAGUUAUUACUGAUUUAUUUAGUUAAAAUUAGGGGACAAAUAGUAAUAAUGUGAAGUUCAAGUCUUUUGGCUGACAUUUCUAGUUAACUUGGCACUUAAUCUUCUGAAAAAAGGAAAGUGGUGGGGAAAAGAAAACAGACAUCAGUAUAUCUGAUUAGCAUUUUCUAUUGAACAUGAAAUACUGCUUCCCAUGACAUGAGACUCCUUUAGAUAUAAAGGCCUAGUAGAAAGAAAACUAUGCCAUGUGCUAAGUAGGUCAUCACUUGAUGUAGCAUGUUAUCCACAAAGCCAGUGGUGUGUUGCAGCUGAGUCAUUGUUGGCCAUGAACUUGUCAUGUUAGGAUGUGAUUGACUUGCCUGGAUAUGCCAUGUUGUUCUUCCAUGUCUUUGGCUGGGAUGCUCCCACACAGCAUGCUCUUGCAUGGGGUGCUUGGUUUGAUAUAUAUGUGUACAACUUCACAAUGGAUUUAAUGGUUCUACAUAGCCUUUCUUUUUUUAUUUGCUUUAUUUUACCCUGCUCCCCCUUUUUACUGUGUAAAACUAUAUAACACUAAGGGUAAUCAUUUCUUGAAAAGUGUAUCCUAGUCAUGCUGAUAAGGAUAGUGGUCAGCCCCCUAGUCUUUUUUUUUAAUAUAUAAAUCAGAAAACAUUUCCUGAGAGGCGAACAUAGGGGGGGCGGGCAUCAUUUACAGUUUACUGAGUCUUUUUUUUUUCCUUUUUUUUUUUCUUUUUUUUUUUUGUAGGCAGUCAAAAUCUGCAUAUGGUAAGAGCAUCUGUUGCCUCAAAUGUGAAGUGUUGCACAGAAAAGAAACAUUUUGUACUUGAAAUAUUGUCUUGCAUUCAUUCAUACUGUUGUUUUCUGUAACUGGAAGUAUUGGGCUUGCCAGUGGACAUGCAUGUAUAAGUAAUGCUACCACUCAGUGACUUGCAAUCAAACUUCUGGAAGCAUGAUGGUGGGUUUUUACAUCAUGUAUGUAUGUAUCUUGUCUGCACAUUGCAUUUUUAACUCUUUUGUGGACAGAACAAUAAACAGUUGUCUAGCAUAUCUGUAUAUUACACAUAAUUGUCACAGUAGACAGUGUCAUCUGUCAUUCUUGUACUUUAUACUUUGUACGGGAUUUCUUUUCUUGAUUUUUUUUAAAAAUUUUAUUUCUUCUUUUUUCUGGCAUUGAUGAUUAACAUUUGCAGAGGUAAUUGCUAAGAUUUUAUGUUGGAAUCAGCACAUCUCUACCAUUCUGGGUGAUCUGCUUGACUAGAAACAUGGCUUCAUCACAUGGGAUUUGUGCUGCUUUUGUAGCGUGUUUCUGUGUCUACAGAGAUGAGUCAGUUUCCCCUCUUUUUCUUUCCUUUACAGUUCCCAAACUCCCAUUUUUUCGUAUGCUGCCUUUGCACAUUUAAUCUUUCCAUUUAAUUGUAAUUUCUAGAUGUGGCACGAAUUUGAAACAAAUAAACUUAUAAUCCUCUUUCUGCUUUGCACUAGUUUGUACUAGCCCAUGCAUGUUAAUGAGAAUCCCAUCCUGCUUUUGGAAAAAUAAGGAAUGGUAAUUUUUCUUUUUCAUAUUUUUAACUAUACGAUUUUAUAACAAGACAAAUAAUUUAGCUCAUUUUGGGAUUUAACUUACACAGUCAAACCCAGAAAGGAUACAGAUGGGCCUCUUAUUAGCAUGAUUGCUGAAUGUUGUUGAUGCAUGAACGAUACAUAAAACUUGUACUUAGAAUUUAAACAGUGCAUGGGAGUUGAUUCAGAUUGGCAUGAAAGUUCGUGGUCGGUGUUGGUUACACUUCCAGCUGGAUUACUAACUGACCUGGAAACAGCCAGUGUAUAUAUUCCUUGCUAACUCUGCUUGUGAAUGAGCUUUCGUUGUGCCAUCCCCACCAUUAAAAAAAUAUUUUCAGCUUGGAUUUUAUCAGCUACUUUUGUGAUAUUUCGAUGACGUUAUCACUUUGUAAAACAUCCGCAUUAUACUAACCAUCAUUACUGAAGUUACCACUGUAAGAAGAGUCACACUCUUAUUGCAUGGAUCUUUUGAACAACCUUGCCCAAGUUCACACGCAACGUGUUAAAAACUGUUUCGCUUGUCAUGCAGUAGCACUUUAGUCCCAUCUCAGCGCUUCCUUUUCAGGCAGCAAAGUUGCUGACGAUUUAUCGCCACCACCAUCUCAGUGCUGCUUGAAAACAGCAGUGACAGCCUACUGUGCAAUGGCCACAUUUGUGAUACUAGAGGAGGGGGGAAAAAUGAAAUUCGUCUAUUUUUCAUACAAGGCUCGGGGGACGGGGGAGUACGAGCCAGCAACCAAGGCUGUUAGGUCACGGCGAAGUAGCCAGCCCUGUAACCAUCAGAGAGAGGGGACCACUGGACAUGCUGUCUGGGGCGGUAGUUACGGAGCAAUGUAAGUCGUUGCUCUGGUCAACAUGGGAAACUCGAAGACAAGCGUCUUGUUGCAAAAUUAUAAAGCGGUGUUCAGACCCUGAAAAUGUUUUACUCCCGUAGCCGUAGUUAGAAAGCGGUGGGAAAAGUUGCCCUGGGGUAAAGAAACGAAGAGGUGUCCACGGGUCUGGAUCGCUAUAUAACUUCAGAAGCGAGACUUCCUUGAGUUCCUUAUUUUGUCCUGAGGAAAUGUCUUACUCUCGCUUCAUAACCACAGCCCCCGGAGUCUGGAAUUGGGCGAUCAGUCGAUCGAUGUCGGAGGAAGGCAGUGUCUGUGCGUUAUAAUCGCAUCCCAUCAUUCCCUUUUCAGCAUCAGUCUACAAGUACAGAUGCACGACAAAGUCUAGAGAUCAAAGACUAUCAUAGAUUAUGCAGACCUGGUCUUAUCUGUUUUUUUAAUUAUUCGUACAUCAUGCUAGGUUAAUUCAGAAGUCUACUUGCCCGUUUUAUAGUCGGUAAGUCGCACUUGGCUGUUUCCAGAUGGAGAGCGCGAAGCUGGAGAGUUAAGCAUGCUAAAAAAAAAUCAUGUUUAACAUCAUUGCUGUCAUCAUCAUUAUUAUUAUAUCGUGUUUUGACUGCUGUUCCUGGGCAUGCCUGUAAAUCUUUUCUUAACAAACGUUGUGCUUGUUUGACCAUAGAUUAAGGCUAAUACACCCACUGCAAGCUUUCAUUUCAUGACGUGCAUGCGUAUUUUAAAGGCCUAACAAAGGCAGCUGUACUCGUCCCUUUUAUUUAUUUAUUUGAACAUCCGUUUUCUCUAUGUGCUGAAUCUUAUCGUCGUUGGUGAUUGUCAGUUGUUAGCCUGUUAUCCGAAAAGCACACUACGUAUUUUUAUUGUGUAAGUUCACACUGCAUAGACCUUACCCUGCCGGAUCAGCUUGUCGCCACUCAGCAAAUGCCUCUAUCAUCUAUAUAGUUGAUUUUUUCAGCUCUACCUCUCCAGCCGCUCUCCCGUUCCAACCCCCAAAAACCCACUCCACUUUCCACCUCCCACCUCCCACCCCGAUGCGGUGAGCUAUACAUUCUGGACACAGUUGCUAUAGUGCAUCCUUUAAAUUUCCAGCUAUAAACUACCACAUACAUAUACAUCACGAAGAAAUAUUUUACAAAUUUUAAAAGCCUGCUUGGCUGGAGUUUUUCUUUUUUUCUUUUUUUUUUUUUUUUUUUUCGUUUUCGCUUCUAGCAGAUUUUGUUCAAGGAUUUAUUUUUACUGGAAACAAAAUGGGCAUGAAAAAUGCCUUUUCCUUCAACUUAAUUUUUUAAUAUACUGUGUUUCAUAUCUUCAAAUUGAUUAAACGAGCUUAAAAUUUUGGUCCAGCUAUCGAAAUGUUUAGAUUAAUUAAAAUGGGCGACAUUUACACAAAAAAAGGUAUGAGCACCAAAACUAUUUUACAACUGUUGAUUUCUUACCGCCUACCUCUAAACUUAGUAUGCCCCCAUCAAUACCACUUGUUUAUUGGAGUAUUAAAGGUCGGAUAACACCGACGAAGAUGCACUGCGAGGUGGUUACAGAUGGACGAGCGGUAUAGAAAUCUGGUGCAACACCUGGCUGUCCGCUCUGUCCAUCCAAGCGAUACACACACCGAGUCCGCUGCUGAAAUACUGAGUCUGGCUUUGAUGAUCGUCAGACUAGAAUUGUCCAUUACUAUUUUCACAAAUGCUCAUUGACUACAGCCAUCUCUCUCGCACAAGCGCGCCUGCCGAGAUACCCGAAUUCUACAGGACGGCGCUAUCCUUCUACUGAUGGGGCCAUUGGAACGUUCGUUCAUCUCUGCCCAGACUUCACAAGUGCGUACCCAGGCGCUCAAAUCACACGUUGUCUCACGACUUAAGAAGUUUUUCCUACAUUGCAGAAGUAAGGCAUCUGAAAUCGUACUGGCAUCCAAAAAACUGCAAUUGUGAUAAUAAAAGCGACGUUAUACUGUCCAACCUCGC